UACGUCUCGUAAUAUAUAACCAGCCCAUUUACAUACUUGAAUUCAUCCGUGACAAACGCAGACUAAGUUCAAAACGAAGUGUGUCAACUUUUUCGAUCAACUGUCAUUCUUGUCCAGUUGGAUAUGUCUAAAUACUUUUAAAUUGAAGUGAUUUUCUUAAUUUUCGUACCGGCCGGAUAGGAUAUUGAUCUUUAAUCCGAGACAAGACAACUUUGACUGGUAAAAUAAGCCAUGAGGGCGAAUGUGCUGUUAAUAGGGGCGUUGUUGCUCGGUACGAGUGUUUCCGCACAAGAUUUAGAUAAUUGUGCAAAGGCAGACGUCAUUCUCAAAACUGUAGUUGACAACUUGGCCGACUGUGGCCAGACAUUUAUAGCUUCAGUGUCUGCCACUGAACUUCAGCCGUUUUGUAGCCUUCUAUUUGACGGGCUGAAAUGUGCUGCUGGGAAACUUGCACCAGAGAAAGAAGACGAAUGUUUCGAUAGAAUGAUUCAGUUAGUAAAAAAUGACCCUAGUGCAGUUUUUGAUCGAAUAAAACCUUUGUUGGCUGCUAUGGGUGAAAAUAUUGAGCUCCGUUUUGUAAAUCAAGUUGGAGAAUGCAGUAUUUAUAAAACUUUGGGAAACUGUGUCAACAUUGGUGUCAUUGUUCAAACUGUAGUUGCUAACGUAGUCGACUGUGGCCAGAAAUUUAUAGCUUCAGUUUCCGCUACCGAACUUCAGCCGUUUUGUAGCCUUCUAUUUGAUGGGCUGGAAUGUGUUGCCGGGAAACUUGCACCGAAAAAUGAUGGCUUGUGUUUCAAAAGAAUGGCUGGCUACGUCAAAGACGACCCUGGUGCACUCUUUGAUCAGAUUAAACCUUUGUUGGCUAGUAUGGGACAACAAAUUGAUCUUCCCUUUGCUAAUAAAGUUGGUGAAUGCAAUGUAAAUAAAGAUGGUGACGAUGAUGACGAUGAUAGUGACGACAAAGAUGAUGAUGAUGAAGAUUGGAACACUGCCUGUCCAAAGAUUGAAAAUGAGGGCGGGCUUUGUCCUCAAAGUGAUUAUUGUACAGCAGACACUGACUGUCAACAAACACCGCUAAAACACACCUGUUGUAAGGUCGGGGGAGAGCAAUGCAAUCAGUGUAUUCCAGAUAUGAGACAAUGUGGUGACAUCUUGUCAAUAUUCGCCAAUGAUGAUUUAAAAGUUUCAUGUGUAGCACAGCUCGCCAUGACGUGGAGACCUGGUAAUGCCUCAGAUUACUGCAGAUUUAUAUGGAAGUUAGUCGACUGUUUUUCGGAGAAAAUUAUACCCGGGACAUAUCAGAAGUUGUGUUACGAGAGAAUGGCAAAGCUUCUAGAAGAAUCACAGCUUGACUUAGUGAGGGCACUACAAAAAGUAAAUAAUGCUAUCAAGAUUGCAGAUAUUGCACGAUAUUUACGAACCGAUGAUUGCGAAGAGAACCCGUUAAGAAAGCAACCAGAAAGACCAGAACCCAACGAUGUAAAGACUUGCUUUAACAAGACAAAUAUACUGAAUGCUGCAGGACAGUGUGGUAGAGUAACUGGAUCGUCAGCAACAAAUAUCAAUUGCAAAAAUCUUAACGAUUACAUUGAAUGUAUUGCCAAGAAACUCACGGCCGGCAAGAACGAUAAUGUGGUCAGAAAAUGUACCGGUGAAGUAUACGAAUUCGUCAAACGUAACCAGGGAAAUCUGCCGAAUUCAUUUGGAAAUAUCAGUCCCCAAUCAUGUCAAGAAAGGAUGUCUGUAUGUGGUUAUGGUUUAUCCCCGCUUGAUGGAGCUCAAUGUAAAACUGCCAAAUGUCCUGCCACCUAUGAUUGUAAACAAGGAUUCUGUUGCCCACAAGUAAAAAUGGGCUAUUGUCCAAAAGUGGAACGAGGUGACAGACCGAUAUGUAAGAAGUCGUGUAAAAUGGAUUCAGAAUGUGAGGAAGACGAAAAGUGUUGCGAAGGAUGUGGCCGUAAGACUUGUAUGAAAAUGGAAACUGAAGACGACAGUGAUAAAAGUAAGUGUGAAGAACUAUUAGAGGAAGGAAAAAAGCAGCUUGCGAGUCGAGGUAUAUGUGGUGAUGGUACCGUGCUAACUAAACUACCCAGAUGUCAGAAUAAGAGAUUUAGUCCAUUACAAAUGGUAACAGAGACAGGACGAGGGUAUUGUGUUACAGAAGACGGCAGAAAGAUCAACGGUUCCGACUUCACUGGAAACAGAGACUGCACGAAAGUACGGGAAGGUUCGUGUCCUCCAACGCCAGCCGAAUGUCAGACUGUGCCACAAGACGCCGAUACCUGCCAGAGUAACGACUUCAAGUGUUCAAAUGGUCAAAAAUGUUGUACCUUUUAUGAAUCACAAACAUGCUUGACAAAGUGUGUUGCAGCCCAAAAAGCAAGAGAACCUUUGGCUGUUGAUUGUCAAGACAGAAAAUGCUGUCCCCUCACUCUAUGUGACAACAAGAUUUGUCUAAAGGACAGGACAGCAGUGUGUUCAAUAAAUUCUUGCGGGAAAUGUGAAGCUGAAUUUUAUAAUUUGAAGGGCGAAAAGAUCGAUUGCAAUGAUGGUGUUCCACUUUGUUUGAGACAACGGGCAGCUGCACGCGAAGAAAAUGCUAAUCGACGAACUACAGAAUAUGAGAUGAUCUCUUUCUUUAUGAAAUCACGUGAUAAUCGUGAAAUGAGGUAUGGAAAAGAUGACGACGAUGAUGAAGAUGGUGAUUAUGAUGAUAAUGAUGAUGAUGAAGACGAGGAUGAGGAUAAUGAUGAUGAUGACGAGGAUAUGGAAAAGGAUGACGAGUAUAGAAGGGAUGAGUAUGGUAUUGAGAGACAGGAAGAGGACAAAUUACCGGAUGAUGAUCGAGAGGAUAAUGACGAUGAUAUGGAGAAAUCACAUGCCAUGAUGGAAGCCUUAAAAAUGAAACUUUGUGAAGUGUUUGACAAUUUUGACAUAUGUCAAAAUGGUGGAACAUGCCAAAUUGGAAGUGGGGAAAGUUUCUGGGAGGUCUGUAAAUGUCCGACCGGGUUCUCUGGUUUAUUCUGUGAAACAACAGGAGCGGUUUCACCGAGAGAUACUAUGUGUAAUAGAGACAGGCAAAGAAUUAGUACCAUUUCGGCUAUUAUGAUGGGAUCUGAACAUAUGAAGGAGAAAAUGGUUCUACAAGAAAUGUUCAACAGAUUUAAACCUCCUCAAAAUAUAAUGUCGACAUUCACAUGUGACGCAGCAGGCAACUAUCAACAGAUUCAGAUGGGAACAACUUUACCGAAGACACUCCAUUCAAUACAGAUAUAUUAUUGUGUGGACACAGAUACUGGUAUGAGGAUACGUGGAACACCUGUCACGAUGGUUGACUCUGGAGUAAUGCCAGACUGUACAAUAACCUCAGCGUUACCCGAUAUCAUGGGUCUUCCUCGUAUUUGUAUGGUCAGGAACACGACACGCUGCUCAAACGGUGAUGAAUGCCAAUAUUUCUGGAACCAGGAGGAAGGUACCUGUGAUAAAGGCAAAGCAAUGGGUGGUUUCAACCGACUGACAGAUUGUUAUGACAAAUGUUCAAUACAAAAAGGUUGUACGAAUGAUCCAAAUGGUGACAGAGCCAAUACAGAUGGUUUUGUAUGUCAGAAGGGUGUUAUAUCUGGACCAAAACCAUGCAGAAUGGAAGAUAGUAACGGCGCUGAGUAUGACACGUGUGAUUACGAGAGACAGUUCUGCGAGGUGGAGGACACGGCAUCUGGACAUAUAGGAAUGUGUAAAACAUUCCCAAGACGUUGCUUGGAUGGGCCUGAAAGCGGUUACGGCGGGAGAACAGUAGGUGCCUAUUAUUUUAACACCAAAACCCGUACAUGUAAUAAGUUCCUGUACAGAGGCAUGGGUGGAAACCUUAACAGAUACUACCACUUAAAACAGUGUCAUACAGAAUGCAGCACUCGUAUGUACAAGUACGAUGAUGCCGUAUGUCCGAUUCCAAAGAUGUUAGAAAUGUCAAUGGACGAAGUUAGUAACUGUGACAGCGAUGAGGACUGUGAAGGCGAGAGUGUCUGCUGUUUUAACGGUAAAGGAAGGAUCUGUACCAGUCCUGUCAGAACGUGUUCAUCUGGCUUGAGAUGCUCCCUUUUUGGAAGCUGUUCCGGGGAUCAGUGCAUAUGCGACGACUGCACAGAUAUACCAUUGUCACAGGUUUGUGGAACAGAUGGUCAGACUUACCCGAGUUUGUGUCAUAUGAAAAGAAAAUCAUGCCAAGUAAUGCAGAAUAUAACAAAAGCUUUUGAUGGACCUUGCAAGACAAAAUGUGGUGAAACAGAAUAUUGUGAAAAGUAUGAAAUUUGCGAGAAUAAUGUCUGCAAGUGUCCAGAAUUUUGUACCACGGACUUUAACCCUGUGUGUGCCAAAGGUGCCAAGUCCCGCGCUAUGUGUACCUACAGUAAUGAAUGUGUUAUGAACAUGGCAGCCUGUAAAAUGAAGGAACGAUUUGUGAUACUAAAGGAUGGCAAAUGCAGUCCAGACGACUCAUCUGGAACAUGCAGACUGCAAUGUACAAGAGAGUACAUGCCAAUAUGUGUGUAUGACACAACAGAUAACACACCCGUACAGAAAACUUACGGAAAUGGAUGCCUGUUAAAAGAAGCAAUGCUUAAUGGAAGAAAGUUACAAGUGCUAUCCCCAGGACCAUGCUCUCGUAAAUGUGGUACAACUGAGCAAUGCCCUUUCUACAAGGCAUGCAUGGAUGGCGUAUGUAAAUGUGCGGAUGCAUGCAGCACCAAUGAUUACAGACCAAUCUGUGCCCAUCCACAAGGCAAUAACGCAAAACCUUUAACUUUUACAAAUAUAUGCUUGAUGAAUCAACGGGUAUGUUCGGAGGAUAAGCUGUAUAUAAUAGUUAAGCAUGGACCGUGCAAAGAACCAGAACCUGUAUUAGCAUGUCCAAAGACGAUGGACGACAUUCCCUUCAGUGCAACUGCUGAGUGUAAAACUGAAAAAAACGAGGGCUGUGAUACAGAAAUGGGUGAAGUCUGUUGUAGCUAUGGAGCUGGCAUGAAAUGUAUCUCAAAGAAAGAACUUGAGCGCGUAAAUGUUCCGAAAAUAGGAAUAUGUCCGGCGAUUUCAGGAUUAAAUUUCGACGAGGCUAUGUGUGACAGUUACAAAUGUAUGGACGACAGUGACUGCGCUGGUAUAGAUACCAAAUGUUGUGCAAAUAGCAAAUGUGGACAUAUGACAUGCUCGGAUCCAUUGGUGAAACAAGAAGAGUCCCCAUGUGCGUUUGGUUCAUAUAUGGUAUCCGAGUGUGAUCCAAGUGCUGAGGUAACUGGCUGUGUGAAAGGAGGCACGUGUACUGUCGCCUUGACAAACCCCGAAAAAGUUAGUGUUUGCUGUGUUCCUGGUACACAAUUGGCAAAACCAGGUGUAGAAAAAGAAAUUUAUGAAGCACAUUUCUGUAAACUGCUUGCAACGGCGGGAAUAACCUGCGCGAAUGGCGGCACAUGCGUUGGAAACAUUCGGGAUGGGAAAGUCUGUCAAUGUAAGACCGGAUUUUUUGGACCUUUCUGCAGGGAUUAUGUACCAACAAACUGUGAAAUACAAGCAGCAUGUGUUGCAAAUCCUUGUGACGUCACUAAAUGUCCGGGUGUACCUGAUGCAACAUGUAGUAUUAAUACUUGCGAAAGGUGCAGUGCAGUAUUCAAAAGAGGGACUGAGAAUGUUAACCAUCUCUGCCACUCAACCCCAUGUUUUGUCCAGAAGGCAGUGAUGAAGGCUCUUGCAGAAUCUAUUUAUAAGGACGCAGACACAUCUGAUGACGAAGACGAUAUGGAAACUAAUCCAUUCAAGCAUAUGUUGAUGUAUCUGAUGAGUCACAUUGGAAUGCCUGCUGAGCCAGUUAAUUACGAAGACCUUUGCACGGCAACAGGACAAUUCAAACCCGAGCAAUGCAUCCGUGGUAUGGGAGACGAAAAGCGUUGCUAUUCCGUCAACACACAAACUGGCAUGCCGAUUCUAAACGGACCGAAAGUCACAAGUUUAGAGGGUCUAAACUGCGGAGCCUUAAACGAAGGAAAUAAUAGUGGACUUCAGGAAUUCUGUUUUAAACAGCCGAGUAAGAAGAGAUGUAGUGCACCUUCCAAGCGGUACUUUUUUAACACCCGCACAAUGGACUGUGAACAAUUUCUUGAUUACGGGUGCGAUUUCGAGAAUGGAAACAAUUUUGUCAAUUAUAAAACGUGCAAAACCGCGUGUGGUGUGAUGACUUCUGCAUUGUCGAAAUGCGCGGCUGCUAGGAGUAGGUGCGGAUCUGGGAAACAGUGCAGAGUUGUAGACGGUAAUGCAGUGUGCGUGGAUCCUGAUAACGUUCCUGCCAAGUUUGAACCUAUAUGUGACGCUGAUGGUAACUUUCAUGCUAAACAGUGCCAUGGUGAAAUUUGCAAAUGUGUUAAUCCAACAACUGGCGAUACAAUCUCGAAUUCUGAAGCACAUGGGCAAAACCUAACCUGCAAAAAGGACGGGAACAAUGUCAAACCUAACAGAACUAAACAGAUAGUAUGCGAAGGGAAUCAGGCAGCUGUUUUCUGUGCGAACGAUGGAGACAUUUGUAACAAUUGUGAAUUAGGAGCUGACAGAGAAAAUCAACGUGCUAAUAAUGAUGAAAAAGUAGAUGACCAAAAUGUUUGUAAAUCAUGUAAAAGAUGUACAUCUUCGCAAGGAAAGCAGACAUGUAAAACGGAAAAUCUUUGUGUUAACAAAUGCAAAGGAUUUCCGAAGGCAGUUUGUCGCAUAAAUAAAUGUACAUGCAGGGAGGAAUAUUUCGCAAACGGGAAAGUAGUAAACUGCAGUGCAUUACAUGGAAAUUGCGAAAAAGAGAAACACAACGCUAUGCUAGAGGAAAAAUUACAAGCUUUGCGAAAUAAUGGAAACGUUCCAGAAAAUAGUCGGCAGAUCAAAUGCAGUGAAUCUCAAACAUACUUGGCAGCUUGUCGUGGCAACAAGUGCCAGUGCUUAGACCCGACAGAUGGUACUGAGGUCGGUAGAGUUCAAACUGGCAAAACACUAGACACUAUUGACUGCACGUCCGUUCAGAACGAAAAGAAGGCUAAACGUGCAAACAUCAAGGCGGUGCUAUCUAAAGUGAAAAACUUAAAUCAACUGAAUCAACGUCAACAGGAUGCAUUGAAAUCAAACGUUAAAAAAAAGAUAGAGGACAAAUACGCGGUGAUAGUUAACAAAGUAACGCUCAAAACUGGAAGUAUCAUUGCUGAAAUCGAGCUAGUAGAAUGUGAUACGACUGAAUGUUCAAAUUCAGGCACUACAGAUGUUGUGUCAAUUACAAACGCUUUAACGACAGAGAUAAGUCAGGGCGAAUUUAGUGUAGAUGCUGAUGGUGAAACGUUCGUUGCAUCGGAAGCAACUGUAGAAUUUCAAACUGGACCAACAACCGAACCUACACCAAUGGACGAUGAUGAUGAUGAUAACAAAACAACAGUCAUCAUUGUUGUUGUGGUUGUUGUUGUCGUUUGCAUUGUUGCCAUAGCGGUUGCCUUUUAUUGUUACAAAAAGGCCAACAAGUCUAGCAACAAAGAUAUACCAUUCAGUGAUAUCCAGGGCAAGAAUAAUCCGGGAUAUGAAAGACCAUAAACAUUAUGAGAAACAUUGCACUGGCUCGGCGGAUGACAAUGAUUUUAAAGUUUUAAAAUUUGCACGUCGGAUAAAUAACUAAUAGAUAUUAGAAAUCUUAAUAUUACAAAGACAUUGGAAACAUGACAAGACCCGUUUGAUGCUGACGAAAUUGAUAGAAACGUUGAAUAAAAAUAAUAAAUGAAUAGAUGUGAUAUUUAUUCAGAUUGGCAAUAAUUUGCAAAAUGCUUGGCAAUAAAUGUUAUAUAUGUUUGUAUAUAAAAAAUAACAAAUGUUUAUUCGUUAUUGUAAAGUUGUUAUUAUUUCUUGUUACUGAUACAUGGAUAUUAAUACUCAUUCUUUUGUGGUAGUUUGUUGCAAAACUGUAAUCUAGACUAUAUAUAUUUUUUUAUCACAAUUAGAUUUUAGAACUGUUUGUAGUUAAUAUAAUAUUUUCUAAAUAAAAUUUAGCAUUUUCACUGUCAGUUUAUGAAGCAUAUUUGUUUUGUAAAGUUAAGUACUGUCAUCAUCGUGGCCUUUAUGGAGGUACCUAAGCAAUAUCACGAAUAAUACUUAUGUUGACAAUAAUUAUGUAUUCCUUUAAGUCGCUUGAUGUGCUUUAAGUGAUGAAGUUGUAUAUGUGGAGAGAUCUGAACUGUAUCAUUUUAAAUGAAAACAUGUUUCAUGUGUGGCUUUAUUUUGGGUAACUUGAUUUUAUUUCUUAAGAUAGACGUAUCUUAAAAAGAUUUAGUGACUUUUCUUUGUUGGUUUUUCUUGUGUGUUCUGUUAUCGUAGGUUUAAGCACUGUUUUGUUUUACAUAAUUUUAGUUUCAUAUUAUCACAAUACAUCCGGUUGAGCUUGUAAUGUUUUGAGAGCGGAUUGAAAUAAAUAUAUUUUAUAGUUGUUGAAUUUCGUCUAUAUGUUGAAGUUAUCUUACUUUUUUAACGAAUUUGUCGUCAAGAUAAAACAAAAAAUGAUAUCUUUUACUGUGAUUGAGAAUAUUUCAUGGAAAAAACUCCGUAUUUGUUAGUGAUAAUUAGAAGAAAAUAACACAAAAUUGUCUCUUCUUAGAGAUUUGAUAAAAGCUAUAUUUCUACUUUUUUCGGUAAUUUGAGAAUUAUAUUCUUCGCUAUAUUGUCGCUGUAUUUGUUAGAGCCAGCGAUUAUGUCUUAAAAUAAGACCAUAAAUGUCUAACGUGAUUUUAAUAUAAUUAUACAUUUUAUAAAAGAUAGGUAAUAAUUAUUGAGGUAUUUUGAUUAUAUGUUGUACGUGAAUAUUUCUUUUAUUUUCAUGAUCAUUUCAUUCCUUUAUUUCAUUACAUGACAAAGACUUCUAAUUUAAUAUGACAAAAUAUGUAUUUAUAUUUUCAUGACUUUCUGUAAAUUUUGAAUAAACCUUGUUCACCUGUAGUUUAAUUUACUGUUAUUGAAUGAUAAGUAUUUGAGAUUAUUAAAAUUUUCCGAUUUAUGUAGAUACAGACAUCAUAUAUUCAAUCAAAUUGAUGGAAUUUUUUACACAUUGCAUAAUAAUAAAAUAUAGUCUUUAUAAAUUU